AUGACGCAUCGUGCAAUCUUCGCAGCAGACAACUACAUCCUCAAAGAGCUGGGAAACGGCUCAUAUGGAACAGUAUAUGCCUCCAUCCCCAAAGCCAUCGCUAACCAAAUCCUCUCAGACCUGAAAGACCCAUGCAAUCCACUAGAUCGAUCAGAAGCAAAGUCCAAACUUCGAACAGCUCUACAAGCCGCAAAGAUCGCCAAAGGCGGUUUCUCUCCCGAUAAGAAUGAUUGCAGAGUCGAGAUCGAAGCUUUGCAAAUCUUGAACGAAGACAAUAACCCAAACAUCAUAUCACUGAAAGCAGCAGACUCAUCAUCGCAAUAUGGUUGGUUUACUCUCGAACCCCUGGCGGGAGGAGACCUGAUCAACUUCCGUAAGACGAUUCUAACCUGCGGUCCCUCGAACCCUCCACCGAUCAGUCUAGCUUGGCAUUUCAUCCACGAUCUAGCAAAUGCUCUCCUCACAAUGCACACUCAUGGAUACGCACACAUGGAUAUCGCAGAGCGAAACAUCAUGCUACGGCCCCGUGGAGCUUUUCGAGAUUACCCAGAUGUAGUCAUUGUAGAUUUCGGCAAUUCUUGCGAUUAUCGACAAUGGAUGAAGACCUCUCAAAGCAGCACAGCGAAGAAUUCUGCGGCGCUCCGAAGCGUGUUUGUCGGGAUGUAUGUUCGAGAUCUUACGUGUUUGCGGUUUCCUUUGCAGUUCAGUUUCGAGCAUGUGGCGAGGAAUAAUUCUUUGCUGAGUGCUGCUAUGAGAGGUAUCAAAGAGUAUCAGCUUGGAAAAGGGGAGAGGGCUGAGGAGUACUAUGUGAAUUUCUUGAUUCGGCUACGUGAUCAAGCUUUGAAGGAGAGGGAGAGGGAGUACAAGGUACUUCCCGAACCUCUCGUGGAGUACUUCAGGCAACUUGAAAGGAUUGUAAGUGAUGAGGAUCUUGAGAAAGCCUUUCCAAAUCUUGCAUGA